AUGAGCCCCUCUACUCUCGUGGUCAAAGCCGACCACCUUCCCUACUACACUCCCGCCAAUAAUGCCGGCGCUGCCGUUCAACCCCGCGAUGCCGCUACGCCGACCCUUUUCCGCCCGUUGACGAUCCGCGACGUGACCUUCAAGAACCGUGUCGUGGUUUCUCCCAUGUGCAUGUAUUCCGCUGAACCCGAUCCGUCCUCUCCUCUUGUUGGCGCCCUAACCGAUUAUCACGUCGCCCACCUUGGCCAUUUCGCUCUCAAAGGCGCCGGUCUAGUUUUCGUUGAAGCGAGCGCCGUGCAACCGAACGGUCGCAUUUCCCCUAAUGAUGUCGGAUUGUGGGACACAGCCCCGGAGUCGGAGCAAGUCAAGGCUCUCGAGCGGGUUGUACGCUUCUGCCACGCUCAGGGCGCCAAGGUCGCGGUGCAAUUGGCCCACGCCGGACGCAAGGCCAGCACGACGGCUCCUUGGUUAGCCACGAAGGCCGGGAAGCCAACCUUGAAGUCGGACGAGGACGCAUUCGGCUGGCCUUCGGAUAUUGUCGGGCCAUCAGGUGGGAAGGAACAUAUCUGGGACGGCACAGGCGAGGGAUACUGGACGCCACGGGCGCUGAGCACGGAGGAGAUUGACGAGGUGGUCAAGGCCUUCGCCAGAAGCGCUGAGGCGGCCGUCCGAGCUGGUGUGGAUGUCAUUGAAAUUCACGCAGCGCAUGGGUAUCUUCUCAACCAAUUCCUGAGUCCGGUUACCAAUAAGCGGACGGACAAGUAUGGUGGGAGCUUUGAGAAUCGCACUCGACUUCUGCGGGAGGUCGCGGCGGCUAUUCGAGCGGCGAUCCCCAGCGGCACCCCACUGUUUGUGCGUGUGAGCGCGGUCGAGUGGCUGGAUGGAAAGGCUGUGGCGGCCGAGUCCGGCUCUUGGGACCUCGACAGUACGGUUCGCUUGGUUGCGGACCUGCCGGAACUCGGAGUUGAUCUAGUGGAUGUCAGCUCUGGUGGUAACCACAAGGACCAGAACAUUCACAUGAGCAACAAGAAUUAUCAGAUUGACCUGGCAGGUCAUAUUCGCAAAGCAAUUCGGGAAGCUGGAGCAUCGACGCUUGUGGGCAGCGUUGGAUACAUCACGGACGCAGAGCAGGCGAAGGAGAUUGUAGAAGGAGCGGAAGAGGCUCGCGCAGCGGAGGCCACCCUGUCUGGAUCAUUCCCACGCGCUGAUCUGGUGUUUCUGGCCCGCCAGUUCCUGCGUGAACCGGAGUGGGUGAUCAACGCUGCAAAGACGCUGGGAGUCCCUAUUGAAAAACCGGUUCAGUUUGGACGGGCCGUGUAG